CAACAAAUCAUUUAACUACUUUAAUUAGAACUGAAAUUUUUAGUAUUUGGGGGUGGAAAAGCAACAUUUGAAAUGUUUAAUUACUUUAAAUGUUUAAUUAUAUUAUUAAUAACGAACAUUUGUAUUGGCAAUAAUUUCAUUAUAGUGGCCGAUGAGAAUAGUUUCUUUCAACCGUGCUCAAGUUCAGACAAUGGCGGCAAUGUAAAUGUGGCCGAUUUGAUGGAACUUAAUUUGAGGCAUGAAUAUGCCGAAGAUAUGGAAACCUUAAUUACUAAUGGCAAUAUAACACUUAAAGCUGGUUUGCCAGAAGAUGCUUUGAUAAAGUUAGAUUUGGAGGUUUUUGAAUGGAAACGUGGUAAGUGGGAAAAAACAGUGUAUUCCAUGAGACGUAAUGAUUUCUGUACAGCUGCCUUUGAUCCAACGGAAAUGUGGUAUUCUCUGACAAAGCAAGUACCACAAGAAGAACGUGUUUGUCCACCGCAAAAAGGAACUGUCUACCACAUGAAUGAUAUCGAAAAUCGUGUAGAACUUAAUGAUGUGCAUGGUAUUGAUCUUGAAGGUCAAUAUAAAAUAGUAGUACAUUUUGUAGCUGAGGAAUUUUCGACAUGCAUUACAGCCGUUGUAACCAUUUGGAAAAACUAA